CUGGCACCAGUACUAGAAUCAAUAGGCACGCUGCAGUUGUUUCUCGUUGCAGUUACACGUAAAGUUUAGCUGUUAUAGUGGAGUAAUAGCGGUGUUUGUGUGUCGGUCGUUUGGCGUUUGUUUCGGUGGGUGUGCGCUGCGGUGGCGGACACCGAGGGGUCUGGCGCGGCGGGGGGCGUCGGCCUCACCGUGAGUAGCAAGGUGAGGGCUCGCUUCUCCUGUGUUUGGAAGCUGGUGGAGUGUCCUCGGAUGCUCUGAAGGUCCAGGGACUUCAUCAUUGGAAGGAUGUUGAAAGUGUACCCAAGCCCGGGGGCGGCGCGCGGCGUGUGGGCGCUGCCGCAGCCGCCCCCCUGCUCCAUGGCGGCGGAGGAGCCCCUCCCCCCCUGCUCCCCGCUGUCCCCGGACGCCCCGCAAGCCCCGCCGAGGCCGCUGGGCUACAUCUACCAGCAGUCCGACCUGCAUGAGCUCAUCUUUGAGGCUGUGCGGUCUGGGGAAGUAUGCGAGAUCGAGCGCCUAGUGGAGAAGCUAGGAGUGGAGGUGCUGAGCGCGCGCGACCCGCACGGCUACACGCCGGCGCACUGGGCCGCGCUGGACGGCAGCGUGGCCGUGAUGAGGUACCUGGUCGAGAGGAACGCGCCGCUCGACCUGUCCUGCUUGGGAACUCAGGGUCCCCGUCCUAUCCACUGGGCUUGCCGCAAGGGACACGCUUCUGUUGUUCAAGUCCUGCUCCAAUCUGGUGUCGCCGUUAAUGCUGCUGAUUUUAAAGGGUUGACACCUCUGAUGACAGCAUGCAUGUACGGCAAGACCGCCACGGCAGCUUACCUCCUCGGCAUGGGGGCAGCCACCAGACUGUCAGACAUCAACGGAGACACAGCCCUGCACUGGGCCGCGUACAAAGGCCACGCUGACCUGGUCCGGCUGCUCAUCUACUCAGGGGUGCCACUGCACUGUACAGACAACUUCGGCUCCACACCGCUACAUCUGGCGUGCUUGUCCGGAAACCUUACUUGUGUGAGGCUGCUGUGUGAGAAGGUGAAAGCGGAGCUAGAGCCUCGUGACAAGAACGGCAAGACGCCACUGAUGCUGGCGCAGAGCCACCGCCACGCCGAGGUGGUGAAGCUGCUACAGAAGGAGAUGAAGAGGAAGUCCCACUGGAUCCCGCCGCUGUCGGAGCUGUGGGCCAUGCUGUUCGGCGGCGCUGGCGAGUCGAAAGGACCACUGCUAUUGUUCUUAGGCUCUGUAUUGUUGUGGGGCUAUCCGAUGUACAUUAUUCGGUGUGUCCCACUAACAUGGAACACGCACCGCCUAUCGCAUUACUGCUUCCUGUACUGGAACGCAAUCAUGUGGCUGAGCUGGGUGAUUGCUAACCGCAGGGAUCCAGGCUACAUUCCACAGAAUAGUGAGACUUAUUACCGAGCAAUAAGGCAGAUACCGUAUUACGACAAGUGGAAGAAAAGGAAUGUCAUUUUGUCCAGACUUUGCCACACUUGCCGCUGCUUGAGGCCUUUGAGGGCGAAACACUGCCGCAUCUGCAAGCGCUGCGUGGCCUACUUCGACCACCACUGCCCGUUCAUCUAUAACUGCGUCGGGCUCCGCAACCGCAUGUGGUUCUUCCUCUUCGUCAUGAGCGUGGCCAUCAACUGCUCCUUCUCCAUCUACUUCGCGUGUUACUGCCUGCUGCUGGAGGGCUUCGGCCUUAUGUAUGUGCUGGGCAUGAUCGAGGCGGUCACCUUCUGCGCGCUGGGUUGGAUGCUCACGUGCACUUCUAUCCUGCACGCCUGCAUGAACCUGACGACCAACGAGAUGUUCAACUACAAGCGCUACCCGUACCUGCGCGACAAGCGGGGCCGCUACCAGAACCCGUUCUCCCGCGGCCCGCUCAUGAACCUCUUCGAGUUCUUCAUCUGCAUGCCAGACCGGUGCGACGAGCAGGACCUCUUCCACGAGGAGGGCAUAUGAUGCGAACCUCGCCGCAGCAGUGACGUCAGCUGCGAAUCCAAAAAGACUCUCGACUUAGCCGUCUGGCUCAACCCCAGCGAUGGGAAGGUCAAAACGUCCACUAAUUUCACAAGAGUGCGCGUCACGCCGCAGUAAACUUUGCACAAGUCGAUUAUAAGCCACGCGACGUUAUAGUACAAACUAUUACAGAUUUUAUAAUAACACGGUUUCGCAAUAAGUGUUGUUCAUUAUG